AUGUUACCUGUUGUUCUGUUGCUUCUGCUGCCGUAUGUAUUUCAACCGGUAUCAGCCAGGACUGAUGUGGAUACCUUGCUGGCAUUCAAGGCCAGCCUGAGCAACCAGCCAGGUGUCCUAGCUGCGUGGAACACAACUACUGAUUUCUGCUCAUGGCCAGGUGUCAGUUGCAGCCUUAAGCAUAAGCAUAAGGUUACAGUGCUUAACCUCACUUCGGAGGGCCUUGUCGGCACAAUCACACCAUCAAUUGGAAACCUCACGUUCUUGAAAAUUCUAUACCUGAGCCACAACAAUUUCCAUGGUGAAAUACCUUCAUCAAUUGGUCGUUUAUCUCGGUUGCAACAACUUAUCUUGUCCAGCAAUUCACUUCAUGGCGAUGUAAACGCUGACCUGAAGAACUGCACCAGUCUUGAGAGCAUCAAUCUUAACAAAAACCAGUUCGCGGGAGAAAUCCCUGCUUGGCUUGGAGGCUUGUCAAAUCUCAGGUUCAUACGUCUGCAGAUGAACAACUUCGCUGGGAUAAUCCCGCCAUCACUUACCAACCUCUCAGCCCUAGAAAGGAUAUAUUUUGACGAGAACCAGCUUCAUGGUACCAUUCCCGAGGGUCUUGGUAGUCUCGGUAGUCUUUCAACUGUGUCCCUGGCAAUGAACCAGAUCUCAGGCACUAUUCCUGCAACUUUUUUCAACCUUUCCACCCUAAUUGGAUUAAGUGUGCCACAAAAUCAGUUGCAUGGUGCACUACCCUCAUACUUGGGGGAUCACCUCCCAAAUCUUAACGGUCUGUUACUUGGCCAGAACAAUUUUACAGGAAGAAUUCCAGCUUCUCUUGCCAAUUCAACAGGGAUAGACUUACUAGACCUGUCCCACAACAACUUCAUCGGAAUAGUGCCUUCAGAAAUUGGAACUCUCUGCCCUAGUGUUCUCAGCCUUGGAGAAAAUCACCUAAUGGCAACUACUGUGCAGGACUGGGAGUUCAUGACGUUGUUGACAAACUGCACACACCUCCGUGCACUUAGCCUCCAAAAUAAUAUGCUAGGUGGCGUGCUGCCAAGCUCUGUUGCCAACCUAUCAGCACAACUCCAAGAACUAUUAGUUGGACAUAAUCAGAUUUCUGGAAAGAUACCAUUUGGCAUAAGCAAUCUUGUUGAGCUAAAUCAACUGCAACUCUCUUAUAACCGGUUUACUGGUGCCUUGCCUGACAGCAUCGGGAGGCUAACUUCACUAAGAUCGCUGGACUUGGAAAAUAACCUACUGACAGGAUUCAUGCCAUCCUCCAUUGGGAACUUGACACAGCUGCUAUCUCUUUACAUGUAUAGAAGCAAAUUUGAGGGGCCUCUUCCAACGAGCCUAGGGAGCCUCCAGGAGCUAACUUUCGCAGAUUUUUCAGAUAAUAACUUCAGAGGUCUGUUGCCUAUUGAGAUUUUUAACCUAUCAGCCCUGUCAAAUGGCCUGGAUUUGUCAAGGAACUACUUUGUUGGUCCACUUCCACCUGAAGUUGGCGGUCUGACGCAGCUUGCGCAGCUGGACUUAUCGUGGAACAACUUAUCAGGGUCUCUACCGAAUUCGCUCAGCAAUUGCCAAAACAUCAUAGGACUCUGGUUGGAGCAUAACUCCUUCAAUGGUAGCAUUCCCUCAUCUGUCAGUAAAAUGCGUGGUUUGGAACUUCUAAAUCUAAGCAAAAAUGUGUUGUCAGGUGUCAUUCCUCGAGAGUUAGGGCUAAUGGGCGGCAUUCAAGAAUUGUAUCUAGCCGACAACAUAUUGUCGGGUCAUAUCCCAGAAAGCAUGGAAAACAUGUCCUCACUGUACCGGUUAGACCUGUCCUUCAACCAUCUGGAUGGCAAGGUUCCAUUGCAGGGGGUGUUCAGUAAUACAUCUGGGUUUUUGUUUGGAGAGAAUUUGGGGCUUUGUGGUGGUAUCUCAGAGUUACAUUUGCCAUCAUGCCCACCAGAAUCUAUGGGACACGGCUUGGAGAAACACCAUUUCGUUCUCACAAUAGUUACCCCAAUUGCUGGUGUAAUCUUGUGCUUGAGUUUGGUGCUUGUUUUCUUCACAAUGAGAAAGAAGUCAAGAGCAACCAAAGGACAAUUUCAAUUGAUGAAUGACAAUUAUCCUAGAGUUGCUUAUGCUGAACUGAUGCAAGGAACAGGUGGCUUUGCCAUGGACAAUUUGAUAGGUAAAGGAAGGUAUGGGUCAGUGUAUAAGUGCACUUUGCUGCUAAAAAACAUGACGACCACAGUGGCUGUGAAGGUGUUUGAUCUUCAAGAGUCUGGCUCAUCCAAAAGCUUUCUAGCUGAGUGUGAGGCACUUAGUAAGAUCCGCCAUCGUAAUUUGGUGAGUGUCAUAACUUGCUGCUCAAGCUCUGACUCGAACCAAAAUGACUUCAAAGCCCUUGUGUUCGAGUUCAUGCCAAAUGGGAGUCUUGAUAGGUGGUUACACAUGGAUGUGCAUGCAUCAGAGCAACCGGAAGGAUUGACAUUGAUUCAGAGAUUAAAUAUUGCACUUAAUAUUGCUGAUGCACUAGAUUAUUUGCACAACUGCGAACCCCCAAUAGUUCAUUGUGACUUGAAACCAAGCAACAUUCUUCUCAAUAAGGAUUUAGUUGCUCACAUUGGUGAUUUUGGCCUUGCAAAGAUUCUUUCUCAAUCAGCAACAGAGCGACUAUUUAAUUCGAAUAGCUCUAUUGGAAUAAGAGGAACAAUUGGAUACAUCGCUCCAGAAUAUGGUGAAGGUGGUCAAGUUUCUUCAUGUGGAGAUGUCUACAGUUUCGGAACUGUCAUCCUCGAGUUGUUUACAGGCUUGGCACCUACUCAUGACAUGUUCAGGGAUGGGUUGACCUUGCAGAAACAUGCGGAGAAUGCAUUUCCAGGGAUGCUAAUGCAGAUUGUUGAUCCAGUUCUACUGUCCAUUGUAGAAGCCAACGUGUGUAGUUUGCAGGAUGGAAGCAACACAAUGGACUAUGGUAGGAAUGCCGUAUUCUCUAUCAUGAAGGUUGCGCUAUCAUGCAGCAAGCAUGCACCCACUGAGAGAAUGUGCAUGAGAGAUGCAGCUGCUACGAUUCAGAGGAUAAGGGAUGGCUAUUUAUUAAAAUAA